AUGCAAAUCACGCAACGCGCAAAAAUAACUGUAAGUUUUCAAGGUGCACUGGCUGCUUGGUUUCGCGAAAAGAAUGAGGAUAUCACGAUUGCGGCGAUAUCAUCAUCCGAUUAUACUCGAAAUAUGGAAUAUGUAUUGCGUACGGUGGAUGCAGACUGUGAAAAAGCUAUCAGGAUAGGCAUGACCGAUACUAUACGGUUGACUUAUACAAAUGUUGGUCGAGAAUUGCUGGUGAAAGUAUACAAGUAA